GGAACUGCCGCCACGCCAGCGCAGCGCGCGACGCUGCCAAAGCCGGAGGCAAUUCCCGUUGGCGUUGUUAUCGGGAGUGUCAUCGUUGUCCCGCACGGCAUGCAGUUCGCCGACGACGGCUCGGGCCAAACCGUCGUGCAGCUAUCCGAGAGUGUCGUGCUCCCGAGCCAGCUUCAAGAUGCGAGGAUCAGCCCGGACGCCGUGCCGUGUUUCACGUAUGAGCGUGAGGGCAGGGCAGCGACGCCACUAGAGGAGACAAAUGUGAUUCUUUGGUUGCAUGCAGGUGGUAACAUCAUUGGCCAUCCUGCCGACUACGGCCAGCCGGGCCCGCAAUGGGUCCCGACGAUCAGCAAGGUCGCGGCGGGUUUCGACGGCGUGAUCUUUGCGCCUUCCUACCGCCUCGCGACUGUCCCAGAGAACACAUACCCUGCGAAUCUACAGGACAUAUGGCACGCGUACCAUUACGUCCUCGAGCAGGGAUACCAGCCCAAGAACAUUCGCCUCGUGGGCGAGAGUGCCGGUGGCAAUUCUGUGUUCAUCCUCACCUGAUUUGAUUUGAUUCGUCAUUUUAAUGUCCAGGAGGGCGAUACACCCUAA